AUGACCAAUAACAAGAUCGUUCUGCUCACCGGUGCCAGUAGAGGACUCGGACAAGCCGCUGCUCAGAUUAUUGCUGCUCGUGAUGAGCCGAUCACUUUACUCGCCACUUCUCGAAAAGCCGAGCACUUGAAUCUCACUGGAGCUCAUAAGGAUACUGUUAUCGAGUAUCCUCAACUUGAUAUCACCGAUAACGAUUCCAUUACUUGUUUGUACAACGACAUUGUCGACAAAUAUGGCCGAGUCGACGUACUCAUCAAUAAUGCCGGUUCCACCUUUGAAAAGAUAGAUAACAGUACCUUCGGUCCGGAAAUCGUAAAGAAAACGUUCGAUCUUAACUACUGGGGCGUUGUCAAGAUGAUUGAGAAGUUUACUCCUAUUAUUCCUGAUGGCGGUCGCAUUGUCAACGUAUCUUCUGCCGCUUCCCAGCAAGAUGAUUUCCCCAACGAGGAGCUCAAGGCGCGACUGUUCGAUGAGAAAACCAACCUCGUUAACCUCAAUGCCCUCGUGGAGGAAUACAUGUCCGCGAGCAAAACGAGUGAUGAAAGUGACGGCUGGCUCAAACAUGGAUUCUAUCCUGCGUACAGUACUAGCAAGGCUUUCAUCAAUCUGUUAACAGCAUCUUCAGCUAGGAAUUAUCCUACUAUCUUGUCCAAUGCCCUCGCCGGUGACUUACCAAAGGGGACCAAAGCCAAAACCCCGGGGACAAGAGUGAUCUUACGUCUCGCUUUCGAUGACAUCGAUAAUGUUAGUGGCAAGUUCUGGGCAGGUAAGACUACCGCGGACACUGGACCAGGAGACGUCGUCGAAGAUUGGCCCGGCAAAGAGAUCGUUUGGGAUCUCUUACCCGAUGGUGCCUCUUCAUCCUAA